AUGCUUCCCAAUUCUACUAGAGGAAGAACUAAGAUUCGGCCACCCAGAAAAAUUCUAUCUUCUGAGGUUGAUGUAGAGAAAUCUUGGGCAGUUCUCCAGAAAGCCAUUGAGGAGAUUCAGCAUAAAAACGCUUCCAAACUUUCCUUCGAGGAAUUGUAUAGAAAUGCGUACAAUUUGGUACUUCGCAAGCAUGGAAAGUUACUUUAUGAUCGUGUUGAGGGGCAGAUUCGUAAGUGUCUUUCCGAGCAGGUUCGCCUAGGACUAUUAAAUAAACUGGCUUCAUCGGGCAUAGACGAUCGUCAGUUUUUACAGGCAUUAAAUAAGGAAUGGGAAGACCAUUUACUUAGUAUGAGGAUGAUUAGUGAUGUGCUAAUGUAUUUGGAUCGUGUGUAUGCGAAAGAGUCACAUCUUCCACUAAUAUACGAUGUUGGCCUAAAUGCUUUCAGGGAUAGUGUUAUCAAGUACAAUAACAAUGAGAUUGGAGAUAAGAUCAUAACUAUCAUAAUUGACUACUUGAACAGAAGUCGCCUUGGUGAAAUAGUCGACAAGUUCAUUAUCAAAGCAGUCAUUUAUAUGUUUGAAUCCCUUACUGAGGUUGUUAAUAUCGAUAUUUCUUCUGUUAGUGGAUCCGCUAAUUACGGUGAAAAUUACUACUUACAUUAUUUUGAACCGAGAUUGAUGCUUUCCAGUCAUGAAUAUUUUGAAGAUAAAUCGAUAGAGUUACUUGACCAGAGAUCCGGAGUCAUAUAUAUUGAGAAAGUGACCCAAUUGAUCCAGGAUGAGGAGUCUCGUAUCCAAAUGUAUCUUCCCGAUGUCUCUGCACCUAAGAUGUUGGAAUUGAUGGAUAAUGAUCUUAUAUCGAGAAACUUGGAAUCUAUUAUGAUGUUCGAAACUGAUGGUCUUAAACUUUGGAUUAAUGAUGAUAAUUAUACGUUACUACAGCUGUUGUUCAAAUUGAUCACGCGAGUGGAUUCGGAGCAUGAGAUGUUGAAGCGAAGGCUUCGAAGUAUCAUUCUUGAAAACGGGGAAGAGAUAAAUCAACUUUCUAAUGAACAGCUAGAACAGGAAGUAACCCAAAAGAAGCAGGAAGAAGAGAAAAAAAGGAUAAUUGCUGAAGCUCAUGGUAAGAAACUUGUGGUCCGUCACAGAUCAAGUAAGGAACAAGCCACAAGAUAUGCUAUCAGGUGGAUCCACAAUUUUCUUUCAUUGAAACGCAAAUACGACUUGGUGGCCGAGAAAUCGUUUGAUAAUAACAUCGGCAUACUGGAAGAGAUAGAUGCUGCAUUUUCUACAUUCUUCAACAGCAACAACAAGUCUGCUGAGUAUCUUUCAUUAUUCAUCGAUGACUGUAUUAGAAGGUCCCUCAAGGAUAAGUCAUCCGAUGAGGUGGAGCAAACAUUGAACAAUUGCAUAGUGGUUUUCCGUUUCAUUAAGGACAAGGAUGUUUUUGAGAAAUAUUACAAGAACCAUUUGGCUAAACGUCUUCUCCAGCAGAAAUCUCUCUCUAGUGAGAUUGAGAUGAAUAUGAUCACUAAGUUGAAACAAGAAAUUGGAUCCUCGUUUACUGCCCGAUUAGAGGGCAUGUUUAGGGACAUCAAGUUGUCUCAGGAACUCAGCUCAGAUUUUAACAAUAGAUUUGCUCGUCAGGAUGUUGGUGAAACUGAUGCAGGUGCCGAGAUUAGACAGAAAAACCACGGAAGAAAGCUUGAGCUUGAUUCGUCCAUCCUAACAACUAGUUUCUGGCCUAUGCCUAUAAAUAAGAGUAUGCACAGUAUUCAAUACCCUGACGAAUUGCAGGUUCUGAAAGAUCAAUACGAGGUGUUUUAUGAUAUCAAACAUCGGGGAAGAAACCUCACAUGGGCUCCAAAUUUUGGAACGGUUGAUAUUCGGAUACACUAUCCGAAAAAGACAUAUGAAGUUAAUAUGGCUACACUUGCCGCCGUUGUCAUACUAAAAUGCUUCAACGACAGCGAGGAUUUGAGAAAUAAACAUACAUUUGAAGAAAUUCAGGGAAUCACACAAAUACCGGUUCCCGAGUUAAAACGUCAUCUGCAAUCAAUAUCAGUUGCAUCAAGAUCUAGAUUGUUAAAGAAAACGCCGAUGUCACGUGAUAUUUGCGCUGGGGACCUGUUUGAGAUCAACGAGCAUUUUAAGUCCCCCCAGACAAGAAUCAAAGUGCUAACGGUCGCUUCUGGAUCUAAAGUGGAGGAUGAUCUCCAGAGGAGUGAGACGAUGGAGAUCAUUAAUAAGUCUAGAAUAAUGGAGACGGAAGCAGCAGUUGUGAGAAUUAUGAAGGCUAGAAGGGAGCUAAAGCAUCAAGAAUUGAUAAAUGAAGUGAUCAAGCAGUUGCUAAAUCGGUUCAAGCCGCAGCCGUCUUUCAUCAAGCAACGCAUAGAAGACUUGAUAGAGAAAGAAUACUUGAAAAGAGACGAGAAAGAUAGAUCUAUCUACCAAUACCUUGCAUAA